AUGCCAUUCUCACGCUCGAUAAACGUCGUCGGCUGCCAUGCCGAAGGAGAAGUGGGUGAUGUGAUUACUGGUGGUGUCUUGGAUGUCCCCGGGAAGACAAUGUUCGACAAGCUUGUCCAUUUCGAAACGAAGAAAGAUAGCCUACGUCAACUUCUUCUCAACGAGCCUCGCGGCCGGGCGUCGAUGAACACAAAUCUCGUACUACCACCAUGCGACCCUCGUGCCGAUGCUGGUUUCUUGAUUAUGGAGAGCGAAGAAUAUGCGCCCAUGUCCGGGUCCAACAUUAUUUGCACGACGACUGUGCUAUUGGAAACCGGGAUGAUUCCAAUGAAGGAGCCCGUUACUGAGGUGACCUUGGAUACUGCUGCCGGGCUUGUCACGGUCACUGCUGAAUGCAAAGCAGGAAAGUGCCAAAGCGUGGAGUUCGACAAUGUCCCUUCCUUUGCUCUUGAACUCGACUAUAAAGUCAACGUUCCUGGAAUUGGGGAAGUAAUUGUCGAUAUUGCAUACGGAGGAAUGAUGUAUGUGUUGGUGGAUGCCGCUUCUUUGGGAUUGAUGGUCAGCAAUCAACAGUCCCGUCAACUGGUGGAAAUUGCAGAGAGAAUCAAACGCGCAACGGAGGCUGCGUAUACCCCGAUACAUCCUGAAAACUCCGGGAUCAAGGGAUUUAGCGUUCUGGCAUUCACGGAGCCGUUGAAAAUAGAGGAUGGCGUGAAGGUAGCCACGAAUGCCGUUGUGGUUUCACCUGGACGAUUUGAUCGCAGUCCUUGUGGUACUGGGACAUCUGCUCGGCUGGCAGUGAUGCAUUCCAGAGGCCAGAUCCAGGAAGGAGAGGUAUUCAAGCAUCGCAGCAUCUUGGGCACUGAGUUUAUUAGCCGGAUUCGGGGUACCACAACGGUCGGUAAAUACCCGGCUGUUCUACCAACCGUUAAAGGUCGAGCUUGGAUUACAAGCUUCAAGCAGGUCGUCUUGGACUCAACCGAUCCUUUUCCAGAAGGCUUCAGAGUCGGCGACCAGUGGCAUAUGCCACCCAAUUAA